GCCCGCCCAGCCCGUGAGGUGGAGCAGCGGCCCCGGCCCGGCCCGACCCGGCGGCCCGAGGGAGCCCCGGCGCCGGCACCGCCGCCAUGUUCUCGUUUAACAUGUUCGACCACCCCAUCCCCCGCGUGUUCCAGAACCGCUUCUCCACCCAGUACCGCUGCUUCUCGGUGUCCAUGCUGGCCGGGCCUAAUGACAGGUCAGAUGUGGAGAAAGGCGGGAAGAUAAUUAUGCCACCGUCGGCUUUGGAUCAACUCAGCCGCCUGAACAUCACGUACCCCAUGCUGUUCAAGCUGACCAACAAGAACUCGGACCGCAUGACGCACUGCGGGGUGCUCGAGUUCGUGGCUGACGAGGGCAUUUGUUACCUGCCACACUGGAUGAUGCAGAACUUGCUGCUGGAAGAGGGAGGCCUGGUGCAAGUGGAGAGUGUUAAUCUGCAGGUUGCUACUUACUCAAAAUUCCAGCCACAGAGUCCAGAUUUUCUUGACAUCACCAAUCCCAAAGCUGUAUUGGAGAAUGCAUUGAGAAACUUCGCCUGUCUAACGACUGGGGAUGUUAUUGCCAUCAACUACAAUGAAAAGAUCUAUGAGCUGCGGGUGAUGGAGACCAAACCGGAUAAGGCCGUGUCCAUCAUCGAGUGUGACAUGAAUGUGGAUUUUGAUGCUCCUUUGGGGUACAAAGAACCAGAAAGAAGUGCACAACACGAAGAGAGCACAGAUGUGGAAGCAGACCACAGUGGAUAUGUGAGUGACAUAGGAUUUCGUGCAUUCUCGGGUUCUGGGAACAGACUGGAUGGCAAGAAGAAAGGUGUGGAGCCUAGUCCCUCACCAAUUAAACCAGGAGACAUCCGAAGAGGAAUUCCCAACUAUGACUUCAAGAUUGGUAGAAUCACAUUCAUUAGAAACUCACGUCCACUGGUUAAGAAAGUCGAAGAGGAUGAAUCUGGAAGCCGGUUUAUUGCCUUUUCAGGAGAAGGCCAGUCCCUGCGCAAAAAGGGAAGGAAGCCCUAGGCUGUGGUACUUCAGUUAGUUAGGAGGAAAAUAAAGUAACAGUUGCAGCAUAUUGGAUCUUAGUUAUUGCAGUUGUGAGGAGAGAUCGUUUUGCAACAUAGGAACCCUCUUGCUGGUUUUGGUUUCAUGUUUAAAACUGGAGCUGUCAGACUGUCUUAAUUUUCAGUUGAAAAUUGAGUCCUGGGAAUUUGGAAGGAGCUUUUUGUAUGUGUUGUAAAGAGUGGAACGUAGAUCUCUGAUCAACCUGAGAAGUAAAACUAACAAGCUCUACCUUACUAAAGAUCCAGUUCUUAGACUACAUCCUCCUCUCCUAUCCUGAGUGAUGAUGGUCUCAUGUCACUCUUUGCUUGGUGUUUUCCUCCCUCUCUAUAUAAUUUUGCCACAAUUUCAGGUAAGCUUUUUUGGUGUGGUGCAGGUGAAGGCUGACACUUUGGUGUUUAGGACUUUUGUGCAGGGAGUCUCCUUGAGCUUUAGCUUCAGGUGUUGGGUUCUCAACCAUUUUAAGCAAAACCCCUGUAAGUGCUUUUUAUAUUUAUAAUUAUUAACAUGCCUUUUAAUAGUUCAGAUACUAUAACGUAGCAAUCUAAGGGCAGGUGUAGGGAGAGGCAAGACCCAGCUGCGCCGCCCUGCUUUGGAACGGCCGCGUGGGUGUCACCCGAGGGUACGCGGGGGCAACCUCUGCGCUGUGCUAAAAGUAAAGGAUCCUGGUAACCA